AUGGCAACAACUUUCUUUCAUCCCCGUCGGGUGGCACUCCUGCUCCUCGUCGCAGUCGCGUUUGUCUACGCAGAGAAACAUGCCGCGUCAAUUGCAUCCAUGAGCAUCCCUGAAAUUGAGGACAAGCUUCAGGAAUGCCCCCUGGUGCAAGACCUCAAUAACUACAAAGUCGCGACCUCUCCUCAAACCUCGACCCUAACUUCCCGCAUCUUUGCAGUGCUAUUCCCCGGAACCCCAGCCGUCAAUGCCCUUCUCGCGACCCUGUAUAUCUCGGGCCCGCCGAACUUCCUCCUCGCGCUAUGUCCUCCGAACAUCGACCCCGCCUCCCUCUCGGUGAUGGUCGCGUUCGCCGUGGGAGGUCUGCUGGGUGACACGCUGUUUCAUCUUCUACCCGAGAUAUUCCUGGGCGAGGAUGCGCCUGAACAUGUACGCUUCGUGCUGGUUGAGCCGAACAAGAACUUGUUGCUUGGGGUUGCCAUUAUGGUGGGAUUCGUCACGUUUGUUGCUAUGGACAAGGGACUCCGGAUUGCGACUGGGGGAGAAGGCGGUCAUGAUCAUUCUCAUGCAGUCGUGGAGGUUGUCAAACCAGCUGCCAUUACCAGUGGGAUGGAAACUUCCCCUUCAAAGAGCACGCGAUCACGGAAGAAGGAAAGCGGCAAAUAUGGGCAAGCAUCUUUGGAGCUGGAGAAGGAGAAGGAGAAGGAGAAGGAGAAGGAGAAGGAGAAGGAGAAGGAGAAGGAGAAGGAUAUCAAUGCUAGCGUAAAGCUGGCUGGGUACUUGAACUUGAUUGCCGAUUUCACGCAUAACAUCACCGAUGGACUUGCCAUGGCAUCUUCAUUUUAUGCUUCACCCACCAUUGGCGCAACAACUACCGUCGCAGUAUUCUUCCAUGAAAUCCCCCACGAAGUGGGCGACUUUGCACUCCUGAUUCAAUCCGGAUUCUCGAAACGCGCUGCAAUGGGCGCACAGUUUCUGACCGCCUUGGGAGCUCUACUAGGUACCGCCAUAGGUAUCGCAGUCCAAGAAUACGGCGGUAAUAGCAGCCAAGGGCCGGAUGGUCGAUUUGAUGGUCUUUUCGGUACAAGCUUGACGUGGGGUGACAUGCUUCUUCCCUUUACUGCAGGCACGUUCCUAUACGUCGGCACCGUGGCAGUCAUUCCGGAAUUACUAGAGACGGGUAAGGACAGAGGGGCUGAAUUGAAGAAGACCGCUCAACAAUUUGCCGCUAUGGCUACAGGAGCUGGAAUUAUGCUCUACAUUUCUUGGUCAUAG